AUGGACUGGGAUGCGUACCUCAACCUGCAGUAUCAGCUCCUGCUGAUGAAGACGCGGAUCAUGCAGAUCUAUGGCUCCGCCGGGCAGGGCUUCGACGCCACGGGGCUAGUGCUACCCAACCUCUACGCCGGGAUGGGCACGUUUGCCGCGGGAGUUCCCGACGCCAGCAGCAUCGCGGCCUUCCACGCCGCGCAGGCGCAGAACCUGCUGAGCCAGGCCGCGUCGGCAUCCGGCCCCGUGGGGCUGCCCGUCUUGAACGUGGCGACGUUUCUCGAGGCACUGCGCGAGGAGAAGGAAAAGGAGGAGCGCCAGCGGAGCGCAGACAACGCCAACAAGCAGCACAGCAACAGCGGCGUAACUACGAGCACCAGCGUUGGCACCGCCACCGGCGCGAGCGCGAACCCAAGCCUGAGCGCCAGCGCCAGCAGCGCCGCGAGCAGUCACAGCAGCAGCAGCAGCAACAGCAAGAAGGAAAAGAAGAAGAAAAAGAAGGAAAGGAAGGAGGCGCGGCGUGCGGAGCGGGAGCGGGAGCGACAAGCUGGAGCGAGGGAAACGCGGGCGAGCAAGAAGGAGGUCGUUGCGACCCCGACAUCGACGCCGGCGUUAUCGAGCCAGCCACGAUCGUCGCCCUCCGCGGCGGCAUCUUCCCGCGACGACAAGGCCGACACGCACCACGGCAUCGACCUGCUCGCCGCGCUGGCCGAGCAAGCCGAGCAGCAGCGGCACGACCGCGCCUCGCCGCCGGCCGGCGCUGCAGCGCCCAACACGAGGCCCUUCGCCGGUGGCAGUGAACAACACGUUGCGGCUGAGGUGGAGAACAUGGAGGAGGAGGAGCACGAGGAGGAGGGAGCCCAAGGCCGGCGCCACAAGAACGACGAAAUGUCAACUGACCAUGUGGCGGACACGUCGCACAGUGGCAAGCGGAGGCUGCGGAGCAGUGGCCAGCAGAAGCAGCUGCAGCAGCGACUGUCGUCGUCGGCCCAGAGCGAAGACUCCAGCGACCACUCCGUCGAGCCGUCUCCCGCGGGCUCGCCCACCCACCUUCGGCGCAGUGGACGGAGCCGCAAGACCAAGUCCUUUGACAAUGUCGAAGAGGGACUCGACGCCGCGGCCUCCAACAAGAAGCGCCGCACCACCCCCGCAGAACAGGAGUCGAAGCCCGAAGGCGGGCCGAUGACGUCGGGCGCGACGAAGGGGGAAGAGUCGAGGCACGGAGCGGCCGUGAUGACGAUGGACCUCGAAACCACCCACGAGGCGGCGCAGCGGCAGCAGCAACGGGAGGAAGUGUCCACCAGGCCCGCGGUCACACUCUCUGCGGUCAAGCUCGAGCCCAAAUCCGCGCUUCAACUCGAACCCGAGCCCGAGCUUCUCGCCGAAGCCGAACCCACCACCAGCGCCGAAGAAGGCACAACGCUCUACCCGCGCGUGGUGGUGAUCGGGGCCGGCAUCGCCGGCAUCAGCGCUGCCAUACAGCUCCAGCACGCCGGCUACCGCGUCACUAUCCUCGAGGCUCGUGAGCGAGCCGGCGGUCGGAUCAAGACCAUGAAGAAGGAGAUGAAGGGCUCCAAGUCCUCCCAUCUCUCCAUCGCGAUCGAGCUGGGCGCCUCCUUCAUCAACGCGUGCGGUGUAUCAGGGGUACCGGCCGAGCGCUGUUUGCUCUUCGACCACUCCGGCCGCACCGUGCCCAAGCACGUCGAACAGCAGGCCCAGACACGGUUUCAUGCGAUGCUCGGCCACGCGCACGUCGCUCGGCACAUGAGGAAGCGCAGGGACGAGGAGCGCCAGGAACGCGAGGCCGAGCAAGAGAAGAUGCAAAAGGCCGCCGCGGACAAGGGCAGCAGUGGAGGCGGCGGCAGCGCCUCGAGAAAGCCCAACAAGAGCGGACGGAAGGACGCGCUCAAGAUAUCGACGUCGGCUUCGUCUUCGGCGGCGGCGAAGAAGCGGGACAAGGGCGGCAAGAACCGGAAGGGCAAGGGCGCUGCACCGUCCAAGGGCAGCUCGGCCGACGACGACGACGACGACGACGGCGACAGGGAGGCGGAGAAGGCCGAGGAGACGAAGAAGCAGAAGAAGAAGGAAGAGGAGGAGGAGGAGGAAGAGGAGGAGGAUGAAGAGGAGCGGCUGGCGAGGGCCAGGAAGGCCCUCCUCAACGAGCUGGUGGCCAGCUUCGACGAUACCACCACCCUGCAGCAGGCGAUGGACAGGAUCGCAGAGCUCAGGGCCAGCUUGCCGCCGGCCAGCAGUACCGCCACCGCCACCGCCGAUGACGACGCGUUGGCUCAGCCGCCGGCCGGGCCCGAACGCGACCGUACAGAGGCCGAGUUGGAGGCGCGCGUGGUGGACUGGCACGCGGCGAUGCUGGAGGGCUGCGCCGGCGCGCCGCUGUCGCGGCUCUCGCUCUUCCACUGGGACCAGGAGAACGCCACCCAGUAUCAGGGACCCCACAGUUUGGUCAAGGAGGGCCACGCCGCACUGAUCGACGAGUUGGUGGCGCGCGGCAAGCUGGACCUGCGACUCAACCACGUCGUCGAGUCCGUGGACUAUUCGGACGAUGGGGGCCUGGUCAAGCUCGGCACCAACCAGGGCGCAUUCGAAGCCGACCUGGUCGUGUGCACCCUUCCCCUGGGCGUGCUCAAGCAAGGCGCGGUUCAAUUCGUGCCGCCGCUGCCCGAGGAAAAGCGACGGAGCAUUGAGAGGCUGGGCUGCGGGACGUUCAACGUCGUCGUGCUCUUCUUCUCCACCAUCUUCUGGGACAAGCAGACGUUCUGGCUCGGACGCGCGGGCGAGCACCAGGGCCGCUCCUACCUCUAUCUCAGCAUGACCAAAGUGUUUGGGUAUCCCGUGUUGGUGGCCUACCAAUCGGGACAAGCGGCGGAGGAGGCCGAGGCCCAGGAGGACAGUGAAAUCGUGGACGAGGCCCUCACCUUCCUCCACACCGUCUACAAAAACUCGGCCAAGCCGCUCAAGAGUAUUGUGACGCGGUGGACCAGCGAUCCGUAUUCAGGCGGGGCGCAUUCGUACAUCCCGCCGGGCGCCACCGGCGCCGACUACGACGUGCUGGCCGCCCCCGUCGCCGCUCGCCUGUUCUUCGCCGGCGAGGCCACGAACCGGCGCCACCCGAGCUCGGUCGCCGGGGCCUACGUGAGCGGCAAGCGGGAGGCGGAACGGAUCACGGCGCUCUAUGGGGUAGUCCCGGUGGGCGACAGGCCCACGACGAGCGAGCCAGCCGAGCCCAUCGACCUGAACCAUCUGGACAAGGCCACCGCAGCCGCGGCCCCAUCGCCUGCGCCCACGCCCACGAUCGUUGCCGGCGCCAAGCAGACGAGGCCAACAGAAGAGAUGCGGUCAGUCAAGGCCGAGCCUGAGGAGCGCGAGGCGGAGAAGAAGCGGAAGGCGGGUGAGGUGUCGUUGGAGGCUCGACCGGCCAACGACGACAACGACGACAACGACGACAAGGAGGAGGAGAACAGCGACAAGUCGCCGGUGACGCCGAUGAGCCCCGGCCCAGACGCCGCCCCGACGACAACGACGAUGGCGGCGGCCGCGGGGAAGCGGCGUCGAAUCGCCAAGCGCAAGCGACGCGACGGCGGCGCCAAGUCCUCGUCGCCCGAGCUCAUCGACUCGCCGCAGCUCGCCGGUUCCUCCAGCAACGACGGCGGUCGUCCGCCGGCGGGCGGUGUAGCGACCAUCAAAAGCGAAGACGACGCCGCCGCGCAACGCACAGUCGCCUCGAGCGAGGAGAAGAACGACGAACACAUCAUGACGACUGCCGCCUGCAGCGGACGACGCACGCGGCCCAUUCCCGCCGAGGACGACAACGACGACGAGGAGCAGAGCUGA